CAUCUCUCCGUGCAUCAACAAGCAUCCAACCGCCACGGCAUCGGGGAGGACGUCAGGCUGUGCGGAACUGUCUUGCUGGAUUUAUCUUGGUUUCGACUUCAAUACCCUGUGACGUUCCCAGAGUUGUCUCACCCCGUCGGGGGUGCUCGAAGCCACAAUGACUUCUCUCAAGCAAUUUAUUCGCAAUGUCCGAUCCGCAAAGACGAUCGCGGAUGAGCGGGCAGUUGUUCAGAAGGAGAGUGCGGCCAUCCGUGCCUCCUUUAGAGAAGAGAGCCACGAUUCAAACAUACGGAGGAACAAUGUAGCGAAGCUACUGUAUCUAUUCACCCUCGGAGAACGUACGCACUUUGGUCAAAUAGAAUGUCUGAAGUUGCUGGCGUCUCCGCGCUUUGCAGACAAGCGCUUGGGUUAUCUGGGGACCAUGUUGCUUUUAGAUGAGAACCAGGAGGUCCUGACAUUAGUUACGAAUUCGCUAAAGAACGACUUGAACCACUCCAAUCAAUACGUCGUCGGUCUCGCCCUUUGCACCCUAGGUAAUAUCGCGUCCGUCGAGAUGUCCCGAGAUCUUUUCCCCGAAAUCGAAUCUCUGCUUACAACGGCGAAUCCCUAUAUUCGACGGAAGGCUGCGCUUUGCGCGAUGCGGAUCUGUCGCAAGGUUCCCGAUCUACAGGAGCACUUCUUGGAGAAAGCCAAGUUGCUACUUUCCGAUCGGAACCACGGCGUCCUGCUGUGUGGACUGACGCUGGCGACAGAUUUCUGUGAAGCUGAGGAGUCGGAGGAGGGCCCGGAAGGCGUCAUUGAAGCGUUCCGGCCACUGGCUGGCGGGUUGGUUCGCACGUUGAAGAGCUUGACGACUUCUGGAUACGCCCCUGAACACGACGUCUCAGGAAUUACAGACCCGUUCCUGCAGGUGAAGAUCUUGCGAUUCUUGCGCGUCCUGGGCCGGGGCGAUGUAGCGACCAGCGAGCUCAUCAACGAUAUUCUGGCCCAGGUGGCAACGAACACGGAGUCGUCAAAGAACGUUGGAAAUGCCAUUCUGUACGAAGCUGUGUUGACGAUCUUGGACAUCGAGGCAGACUCGGGCCUGAGAGUUUUGGGCGUGAAUAUUCUUGGAAAAUUCCUUGCGAACAAAGACAACAACAUUCGUUACGUCGCUCUUAACACCCUCAUCAAGGUCGUGGCGGUAGAGCCCAAUGCCGUCCAGAGACAUCGCAACACUAUCUUGGAAUGUCUGCGGGACCCGGAUAUCAGCAUUCGCCGCCGUGCCCUCGACCUCAGCUUUACCUUGAUCAACGAGAGUAAUAUCCGCGUCCUGGUGCGAGAACUGCUUGCUUUCUUGGAGGUAGCGGACAAUGAAUUCAAGCCCGUCAUGACUACCCAGAUUGGAAUUGCCGCGGACCGGUUUGCACCGAACAAGCGCUGGCACGUUGACACGAUGCUUAGGGUGCUCAAACUUGCAGGCAACUAUGUGAAGGAGCAGAUCCUGUCCUCAUUUGUGCGGCUUAUCGCGACCACACCGGAACUGCAGACCUAUUCUGUGCAGAAGCUAUACGCCUCCCUAAAGGAAGACAUCUCUCAGGAAGGUCUCACUCUAGCGGCAGCCUGGGUCAUUGGUGAAUAUGGUGAUAAUCUGCUCCGUGGGGGACAGUACGAGGAAGAAGAAUUGGUCAAGGAAGUCAAGGAGAGUGAUAUCAUCGACCUCUUCCUGAACAUUCUCAACAGCACCUACGCCUCUCAAAUCGUCACGGAAUAUAUCAUCACAGCUUCCAUGAAGCUCUCUACGCGCAUGUCGGAUCCUGCGCAGAUUGAACGGAUACGUCGCUUUCUCAGCAGCCGGACUGCUGAUCUCAGCGUCGAGAUCCAGCAGAGAGCUGUCGAAUACACCAACCUAUUCGGCUACGAUCAGAUUCGCCGUGGUGUCCUCGAAAAGAUGCCGCCUCCGGAGAUCCGCGAAGAGCAGAGAGUGCUUGGACAACCGACGAAUAAGCGGCAAAGCAGAAUCCUCAAAGACAAGACAAAGAAGGCACCGAAGCAGACCGAGCAGGAUAUGCUGCUCGACUUGAUGGGUGGCAGCGACGUCCCCUCUACGCCGACAGCUAUCAAUGGCUCCCAGAACACAGCAGAUUUGCUGGCUGAUAUUCUCGGAGGCGACUCUACCGUCUCAUCGCCUGCCCCUCAACCUGCGCCUGCGUCCAACACCAGUGCGAUCAUGGAUCUUUUUGGUGGCAACGGAACACCGCAGCCCAGCCGCCCUGCUCCAUCUACUUCUGCUUCCCAAGAUCUGCUGGCUGGUCUUGGAGCGGCUCCUGCUGCAUCGCCAGUGCCCACUCCGUCACCGUCGUCUGCACCCCCUGCCCAUACUGCAUUUAACAAGAAUGAUCUCGUCCUCACUCUGCAAGUGCAGCGGAAUGCAAGCGGUGCUGCGCAGAUUCUAGCGCGUUUCCGAAACACAUCCAACUUUGACCGUUUUACCGGUGUGGGUUUGCAGGCGGCAGUGCCCAAGAGCCAGCGUCUGCAGCUUAACGCUAUGAACAAGCCCGAUCUGGAUGCAGGAGAGGAGGGAACGCAGGGAAUGAAGGUGGCAGCUGUUAGUGGGGCGCUCCCACCAAAGCUUCGUCUCCGUCUGCGUGUAACAUACUCAAAAGAUGGAGGUAACCCGGUCACAGAGCAAGUGGAUUGGACAGAGCCUUGAUCCAGGCAAUGCGAUAUGACCAGAUACUUCUAGACCUACACCUGAUUUCUCCAAUGGCGGAUUCGCUGCCUGUGGCGAUUGUAAUAGUGAAAUAACCCAUACAAGGACAAGGUCAUCACUGGCAGACUUCGCUUGACAAAGGCCUGUAGCCUCCGGCGGACGAGUAGCCGCGAAGGCGGACAUAAUAGUCGAGCGCGACCGCCAUUUAUCCCAUCAUACCCCUUCAUCAUUAUCCUCGUCCCAUUUAUCCCAUGUAUAUACUUGAUGUUUAUGAAUGUCAAGAAACUACCAUGACACGUCUGUUGGAUUUGUAGCGAAAGAUCAAUUGCCAUAAGCUGGCUCCCAC